CGGCUUGGAUGCACACAGACAAUAUUUUUAAUCCAAUUCGAAUCCUUUUUCUCGAUUCUCGAGCGUUGAGUCUUGGCGUUUCCCUUGGAGUGGCAAGUCCCCUGAGCGGCUCUUUCCUCUCUUGUUGCUCCUGGUUUGGGGAGUGGUGGGGGUUGUCAUCAGUUGCUUCCUGAGCGUUGGUUAAUCAUGGCCAUUGUAAAUGUUACAGCUUACCUCUUGCAACAUGAGUAGUACAGAAGAUCGGCAACACAUGUCACAUCGAAACGCAGCCAAGCAGGCUGAGCCAGUCUGCGCAUCACGAGCAGAUCCAGAACUGGGAGAUGAGCGACCAGGGAGAGGUUCAUGCGAGCAUCCACCAUUCGACAGUAGAGUCCCACAAAGCCCACUACCAUCGCGAGCUCAUUCAGUAGGCGACACAGCAACGUCGCCAGAAACACCGCUCCCUCCAGCAGCGUGCGAGCGAGACUUGUCUCCUUCGUUGCUGUCUACGAGGAAAAGGAAGCACAUCGAUACAAUCGUAGACGACAUACCACACCAACAGAGGUCGCAUAGCAAUACCUCAGGCGCCGGAUGCUUCGAGACGCCACCGCAGAAGGCUCUCAAGACGGUUCCAGCCAGUGCGCCGAAGCUUGUUGAGAACAAAGGAAGAUUCACUUUUUGUCGGGGUGUUAGGAUCCGGGACUACCGAAUGCCGAUAGCGAAAACACCCAGCACAAAGCGGGACAACGGACAACUCCUGUGCCGAGAUAGAUUCGAGAAUCGGGAGGUUGCGGGGACGUCCCCUCGAGAUGUGAACAAAUACAAGGCAGUCAUGCCGCGCUGAACGCAGUGUACAAUCGUCCACCCAGUGUAAGUGCUGAGGAACUAAAUGUUUUUGAUGUCGCCCUCGGUGUGACGGUCCCAGGGGUAGAUGACGCCGCACGUAGGAAGCAUCUGUCGUCUGCCAUUAUCAGCGCUGCACUUGGUCAGCAGGAUAUGCAUUUGAAAAUAUUCAGUCCCUGGCCUAACUCAAAACGCCGACUCGCGUGCCACACCCUACCAUACAUCU